AUGUGGAACGACAAUAGCACUGAUGUUUCUGCAAAAGUAUCCGGAAGUAGUGCUGUGUCAAGGAGCGCCAGCCGGCGGAAAAGGACGAGUUUCUCAAAGGAACACGUUGAGCUUCUGCGAGCCACAUUUGAGACAGACCCUUAUCCUGGAAUCAGCCUCAGAGAGAGUCUCUCUCAAACCACAGGACUGCCAGAGUCUCGUAUACAGGUAUGGUUCCAGAACAGAAGGGCUCGCACGUUAAAAUGCAAGGGUGGCAAGAAACCAUUGUGGCAAUCUGAUUCGCUAUUGCGUGCCUACAGUCCCAUGCAGAAUUCCCCGGUGCAGCUACACUCUUCUGGACGGGAGGGCAACGAUUGUGGCACGAUGUCUAUUUGCACUCCGCCACCUGCAUACCCCAGUCAGAUUAAGGAAGAAAUGGAACGGGAUGGUCUGUAUGUGUCUGAAACAACAUCUUCCAUGUCUGUUGGGGAUGAUUCAGGCUAUUGCACCCCAUCAUAUGGACACCAUCAUGGCAGACCCCUGAAAGCAUACGGCAGUGCCCCUUUUCUCAACCCGGAGCAUCAGAUGCCCCCUACCUGGGCUACAAGGUAUGAGGGGAGAUCACCUAUGAGCUCCAUGUGGAGCCCAUUUCAUUCAGAUGUCUAUGCCUGCAACACCAGCUCCGCUCAGGGCUUUUACUACUCACCUGAAACACACAACAGCCUCCAGCCACUGACCCCCAUCACCCCAGACUCAGGCUGCUGUGAGGGUGGUGUGGAGGGCACUCCCCCAGCUUCCAGCUCUUUUUCCGUUGAAAACCUAGAAGUGUCAGAGAUGGAGAGUCAACAGGAGUGCGGAUUUCAUCAUGGACCUCUGCCCGAGCUGCCAGCCCUGUCUCUACAGGAGAUCCUGGGAGAGUUACAGGGAGAUUGGUGGCAUGGAGAUGGACUGAACAGCCAAUCCGAGGAAAGACGUGUGUACUGCUGAGCUAUCUUGCCAUCUAUUUAAAACUAUUUAUUGAAUGUAUUUAUUUACAGUAGUCAUGCCUAAACCAUUUAUUAUUUAUCUUCUGUGAAAGACCAAAGUGGCUCCAAUAUUUGAUGAUUUUUGCUAUUUAUUUAAUGGUGUUUGUAAUCAUGCAGCUUUGUAUAUAUUAUUUGCAAACAUCCUUAUUGAUCUUUUUACAUAGCUGCACUUGCAUUUCAAUAAAGAUGUUUUACUUACCGUAAUGUUGUCUAUGUUUCGGUGUUCAUUUACCCACAAAAAAGCAUCUCACAAUAAAAAUAAAACAUAAACAAAACACAGUUCAACAUGCAAAAGUAUUGCCCUUGUGUUUGAAUAAAGAAAGGAAACACAAUUAAGUAUACAUUGAACUUUCUUUCUUCUGCAUAACACAAAAGAAGAUAUUUGGAAGAAUGUGGUUAACCGGCACCCACUGACUUGCAUUGGUUUUGUGUCGUAAAAGUGAACGGGUGCCAGUGCUGUUCGAUUAACAACAUUCUUCAAAAUAUCUUCUUUCGUGUUCAGUGGAGGAAAGAAAGUCAUACAGGUUUGGAAUGACAAGAGGGUGAGUGAAUGAUGAGAUUUUCCUUUUGGGUGAACUAUCCCUUUAAUAUGCAAACAUGAAAUUAGUGGAGAAGGAAGA